AACUUCCAUCCCUUAUUUUGACUACACUUUGAGAUCUGGAUCAUUUGAGUCAAUCUAUAUUCUUCGUAGUUUGUUGUAGCAUGUAAAGACCUUUGUGGAGAAGCUGAAGUCCAUGUGAAGAGGGACAAACUAUUAUUAAUCUAAGGAUGACUAAAGACGCAUUAACUGUCACUGUCGUGGUCUUGUGGCUGCUCUGCAAUCCAGCAAGGAGCAGGGGCACCGGGGGAUUUCAAGGCACCAUUUCAGAACAGUCACUGCAGGGCAGUUUCAGGGGAACGGGACCACCUUCGGUCGGGGAUGAGGUGCUGAACUCCAGCCAAGAGGCUUUACACGUAACUAAGCGCCGUUAUCUGAAACCCGAGUGGUGCAAAACACAGCUGCUCAACCAGACGAUCAACGAGGAUGGGUGCCAGCCGCUCGCCAUUACCAAUAGCUUCUGUUAUGGACAGUGCAACUCCUUUUACAUUCCUCGACGUGUUAAUCAAGUGGACAGUGUCUUCCAGUCAUGCUCCGUGUGCAAGCCGAAGACUUUCACGUCUGUUACAUACACUCUCUUGUGUCCCGGGCAGAUUCCACACAAGAAGAAGAAGAGGGUGCGGCGCAUUAAGCAGUGCCACUGUUCAUCUGUCGACUUGGAUUAAUGCGCAGAUGUUCAUUGUUUUACUUGUGUG